AUGCUUGGUGCUGAGGUUCAUGCAGUAGACGCCGGCAGGUACACAAGUAAUUCUAAAUCGAUUGAAUUUGGACCAUGGCAUAUAUCGUUCGAUAUAAGCUGUAUAUUGCCUAGCGUGUGUUCUACAAAGAUCGUUUGUGAACGCGAUGAUGACCAGUUUUGUCAGUUCUGUAUAUACUGUAAGGAAUUGAAAAUACCACAUUUUCCUGAUAUGGUCUUUCCAAAAAACAUUUUAAAAUUGGAACAUAAAAACGGUGCUGCCAUAUCAUUUAAUGCUUUGGAUGCCUUAAGAUGUGUUGCUAGUACUGCAGAUGCGAUUGAAGUCUCAUGUGCUGAGGCUUGGCAAGAGGCCAGACCAAGUGCAGAGAAACCAAAGCGCCCAUUUGAUUGGACAUUUUCUACAAAUUAUAAAGGUACUCUCACAAAUAAUAUUGUUGUAGAAACAACAGAUGAAGCAAUAGACUUGGAGUUAUUAAAAAAAAGGGAGCAAAUCAUUUUCUAUCAUGACUUGACAUUGUUUGAAGAUGAAUUACAUGAUCAUGGUGUGUCUAAACUUUCAGUUAAAAUUAGAGUGAUGCCUUCAUAUUGGUAUGUGCUUCUAAGGUACUUUUUAAGAGUGGAUGAUGUGUUGGUGAGGUCUAAUGAAACAAGAUUGUUCCACAUGCUCCAAACAGACUAUGUGUUGAGAGAGUACACAGUAAAAGAAGCAGAAGCAAAAGAAAUAAAUAUACCCACAGCGAUGAUGAAAGAAGCGGAUGAUGUUAUCCCUAAAUUGCCUCUCAGACAAAAGACAAUGCACAAAUUGAUUUUCAAAAGUCCGCUAAAUUCUUAA